GAAGGAUUUGUUUUGGGGGUUUGUCUGGGAUUUGUUUCUUGGGGUGUGAGGAAUUUGGUUUUUGGGGUGUGACGGAUCUAUUUUGGGUUUCUUUUUUGCGGUUUGUUUUUUCCAGUGUGAGGAGUUUGGGGUUUGUUUUUUGGGGUGUGAGUGGUUUGGGGUUUGAGAUUGUUUCUUGGUACUGCGUCUCCACAUCUUGGGGUUUGUUUUUUGGGAUUUGUGUUUUGGGUUUGUUUUUUGCAGUGUGAAGAAUUUGGAGUUUGGGGGGUGAGAGACCUGGUUUUUGGGGUUUGUUUUUUGGGCUGUGAGAGGUUUGGGUUUUGGGAUUUGUUUUUUGGGGGGGUUGUUUUUUGGGAUUUGUUUUUUGGGGUGUGAGGAGUUUGCUUCUUGGGGGGUUGUUUCUUGGGGUGUGAGGCAUUUUUUUGGAAUGUGAGGGUUUUUUUGGGGGUGUGAGGCAUUUUUUUAGGAUGUAAGGAAUUUUUUUGGGGUGUAAGGAAUUCUUUUGAGAUGUGAGGGAUCUGUUUUUUGGGAUCUGUUUUUUUGGGUCAUAAGGAAUUCUUUUGGGGUGUAAGGAAUUCUUUUGGGGUAUAAGGGAUUUUUUGGGGGGUGAGGCAUUUUUUGGAGUGUGAGGAAUUUUUGGGACUGAGGGCUGGGCUUUGUCCUUCCAAUGCCGGCGAUUCCCGGGAUUCCGAGUCCCGGGAAUCCGAGGGAAGCUCGAGGAUUCCUCCCAGGAACGGACGGGGCGGAUUCCGGGCUCUGAGCCGAGCCUGGCUGAGCCCCGCCUGAGCUCGGGCUCAGCCCGGCAGCAUUCGGGACCUUUAAAAACGGUCAUAAACCUGAUCCGGGGUGGGGGGCUGAGAGCAUUUAAAACCAGUUUCAAGCCCCAUUUGGGGGUACAGAGUAAAACCAGUUUUAAAUCCGAAUUGGGGUCAAGAGGGGCAGAGCAAAACCAGUUUCAAGCUCCAUUUGGGGGGCAGAGUAAAACCAGUUUUAAGCUCGAUUUUGGGCAGCACUGUGCGCCUUUAAAACCAGUUUCAAGACCCCUUUGGGGGGAUGGAGUAAAACCAGUUUCAAACUGGAUUAAGGGGGUCAGAAGGGGCAAACUAAAACCAGUUUCAAGCCCCGUUUUGGGGGCAGAGUAAAACUGGUUUCAAGCCAGAUCUGGGGGCACAGAGUGCCUUUAAAACCAGUUUCAAACCAGAUUUAGGGAGGCAAAGUAAAACCAGUUUCAAGCCCCAUUUGGGGGGCAGAGUAAACCAGUUUUAAAUCUGAUUUGGGGUCAGAAGAGUCAGAAUACAACCAGUUUUAAACUCAAAUUUGGGGGCGCUGAGUGCCUUUAAAACCAGUUUUAGGCUGGGUUUAGGGCAGAGCAGAAAUCUCCUCUGGGAUUUCUGGGAAGCUCCUCUCAGGGAUCCAGAAUUCCAAAGAAAUUCCAAAAAAUUCCAAAUAAAUUCAACACAAAUUCCAAAGAAAUUCCAAACAAAUUAAUCUCCAGCUUUUCCAUCCCAAGGAGCUCUUAGAACCUUCUGGAAUUCAAAUUUUUUUGGACAAAAAUCCAAGAUUUUUUUUUUAAUCCUGAGGGAUUUUGCACCUGGCUGCUUGGAUACCUCUGAAAUUUGGAUUUUUUUUGACACAAAUCUGCUUGGAUCCUUCUCUCCUGUUUAAUUCUGGAUUUAUUUUUGAGACAAAUCUGGUUUUUAUUGCUCCUGAAAUUUGGAUUUUGCAUCUGGCUCCUUAAUCCUGACCUAAUAAAUUUGGGGUUUUUUUGGACACGAAUCUGGAUUUUUUCGGUCCUGCAGAAUUUUCCUUCUGGCUCCUUGAUCCUGACCUGGUUAAUUCAGAUUUUUUCAGGAUUUUCUUGGUCCUGAAGCAUUUCCCCCGUGGCUCCUUGUCCCCUUCCCAGCUAAUUCAGAUUUUUCAGACACAAAUCCAAUAUUUUUUUGGUCCUGGAUCAUUUCUCCCCUGGCUCCUUGACCCAGACCUGGCUAAUUUGGAUUUUUUGGGACAUGAAUCGGAUUUUGCUCCCUCCUGGAUCAUUCCCCACUGGCUUCUUGAACCUGACCAGAUUACUUCUGAUUUUUGGGACACAAAUCUGAUUUUUCUUCCUUCCUGGAUAAUUUUCCCCCUGGCUCCUUGACCCAGACCUGGUUAAUUUGGAUUUUUUGUGAUACAAAUCCAAUUUUUUGGUCCUGAAGCAUUUUAUACCUAGCUUGUUGAUCCUGACCUGGUUAAUUCGCAUUUUUGGGACACAAAUCCAGGUUUUUUUGGUCCUGAAGCAUGUCCCCCCUGGCUCUUUGACCCAGACCUGGUUAAUUUGGAUUUUUUGGAUACAAAUCCAGGUUUUUUUUUUUGGUCCUGGAUCAUUUCUCCUCUGGCUCCUUGACCCCAACCCAGCUAAUUUGGAUUUUUUAGGACACAAAUCCAGGUUUUUUUGGUCGUGGAUCAUUUCCCCGCUGGCUGCUUGAAUCUGAUCUGAUUACUUCUGAUUUUUGGGACACAAAUCCAAUUUUUUUGGUCCUGAAGCAUUUUCUACCUGGCUCCUUGACACCUUCCAGGCUAAUUUGGAUUUUUUGGGACACAAAUCCAGGUUUUUUGACCCUGGCUCCUUGACCCCAACCCAGCUAAUUUGGAAUUUUGGGACACAAAUCCAAUUUUUUUGGUCCUGAAGCAUUUUCUACUUGGCUCCUUGACCCCGACCUGGCCAAUUUGGAUUUUUUGGGACACGAUCUGGACUUUGUCUCUGCCGCCAUGCUGGUGGGAUUUUGGUGGCUGCUGCUGGUGCUGCUGUGGCCCCAGCUGUGCCCCCGGCUGUGCCCCUGCGCGGUUGCCGCGGCCAGGAGGGACAGGAAGGGCCAGAAGGAGCUCCCGGAGCUGCCCGACACCUCCCUGGGCAACAGCGAAGAGCGGCCCCAGCUCCCGGAGCCCGCGGAACCGCGCAUCACGGACCCACGCAGGACCUGGAUCUCCUUUGUGCACCGCCCUGAUGACGGCAGCGGCUCCAAGAGGAGGUGCAAAGGCAGAGACAAAAAAUUGCGAGGUCUGGUUGGACCUCCAGGGCCUCCUGGACCUCAGGGGCCUCCAGGAGCUCCUGGGGCUGAAGUCACCAAGGAAAUUCUUCUGCAGGAGUUCAAGGAGAUCUUAAAAGAAACCAUUGAGCACCGGGCCUCCCUGGCCCUCCCAGCCCAGCCCAGCCCGCUGCCCCUGCUGCCUCUGGCCCUGGCCGAGGCUGGGUCCCAGCGGCGGCUGCUGGAGGCGUUCCACUGCAAGCUCAAGGGCCACGUGCUGGUGGACAAGAAGACCUUGGUGGAACUCCAGAACUUCCAGCUGCCCGUGGCCAGGGGUGCGUUCCUGCGGGGCUCGGGCCUGAAUGUGGCCACCGGGCGCUUCACCGCCCCCGUGGGCGGCAUUUACCAGUUCUCAGCCAACGUGCACCUCGAGCACAGCGAGCUGCGGGGCAGAGCGGCGCUGCGGGCACGGGACAGCGUGCGGGUGUUGGUCUGCAUCGAGUCCCUGUGCCACCGGCAUGCCUCCUUGGAAGUCAUCGCUGGCCUGGAGAGCAACAGCAAAACCUUCACCAUUUGUGUCCAGGGCUUGCUGCAGCUGCAGCUCCUUGCUCAGUGCUCCCACCAGGACACAUCUCCUGGUUUUCCUGGAUUUCCUGGAUGGAAUUCUGAACUGUUUUCUCCCGUCUGGAAUGCCGACACCCACGGCAGAUAUUCCCACUCAUCAGCGCCUUCCAGAUGCUCCCAGCCUCGGGGUGUUCGUCUUACGCAGGCAAAAUCCCAAAAAAUUCCCUCCCAAAUCCCAAAUCCAAGAGGGAUGUGCCAUCCCUGGGAAUGGAUCUUGGAGCUUUUUCCCAAAGGAUCUUGGAGCUUUUUCCUAUGGGAUCAUGGAACCUUUUCCCAAUGGAUCAUGGAUCCUUCUCCUAACGGGUCUUGGAGCCUUUUCCCAAUGGAUCAUGGAGUCUUUUCCUAUGGGAUCAUGGAGAUUUCUCCUAAUGGAUCACGGAGCCUUUUCCCAAUGGAUCCCAGCCCAAUUUCCCAGUGGAUCCCAGCCCUCUUUCCCAAUGGAUCCCAGCCCCAUUUCCCAGUGGAUCAGUUCCCCCCUUCCCAGUGGAUCCCAGCCCCCUUUCCCAGUGGAUCCCAGCCCCAUUUCCCAGUGGAUCCCAGCCCCCUUUCCCAGCGGAUCCCAGCCCCCUUUCCCAGUGGAUCCCAGCCCCCUUUCCCAGUGGAUCCCAGCCCCCUUUCCCAGUGGAUCCCAGCCCCUUUCCCCAUUGCCCGUGAGCUCCGAUCCCUUCUGGGAUGGCUCUGGGCGCAGCAAUUCCGGGGUUCCCAGCCCCAGGGGGACCAGGCUGAGCCCCUGCUCCCUCUCCCCGUUCCCUGGGAAUGCCGAACCCCCCCAGGGAUGUGAUUCCCCGCUGCCAGCGCCGCGUGGGUUGGACAGAGCCCCGCUGGAACGGCGUCCGCGCCGCUUUAAUUCCCUAAUAACAGCUUCUCCCUCCAGCCAGGCUGGAGCCAUCGCCCGCAGCAGCCCCUGGCAUGAAAAACUCCUCUGUGCCUGUGACACUGGGGCCUUUGAUGAAGCAGCCCGGGAUGGUUUCAGCAGCAGGUAUUAAAUAUCCCAAAUAUCCCAAUUAGUGCAAUUCACAAUUAGUGACAAUUAGCUGGUCCCUCUCCAACAUUCCCCAAGUCGCUCCCCUGAGGAGGGAGGGAGGCAGCAGGAGGAGGAUGCUGCAGAGAUGAUUUUUAGGGAUGAUGUGGAUAAAUGUGAGGUAAAAUCCGCUUCCCCAGCCUGAAUCUCCCAUCUCAGAGGGAUGGAAAAAUGGAAUUUUGGGACUCUGGUUUGCAAACAGUAAAGGAGAAGAGGCUGGAUCUGAACUCAAAUAAAUUUACCCAGCAAAAGUCUUUAUAUUAAUAAAAUAUAUAGAAUUAAUUACUUCACACUCCUUAUCCUGCUCAAGCCCCCAAACACAGGAAUUUCCCUCUGAAUUCCCACUUCUUUGUGGGAAUAAGAGGGAAAAAGCUCUGAUGGAUAGUUCUGAGUCCCAAAAUGUCCAAGGGGAAGCACAGGAAUGUUAAAAUUCCCCCCAGUUCUGGCUGGAAAUCCAGGUGGGUUCCUGGCUGUGCUCUUGAGGGUCCCAAUCCCUGCCAAAUUUGGGAAUUAAGGGUUGGAAAAGCCCUUUAGGAUCCUUAAAUCCAGCCAUGAACCACAUGGAUGCUGUUUUUCCCCAGGGCAGCUACAAUUAAAUUCUCCUUGCCUAAGCCCCUGUCCCUGGAUUGUUCUGGGUUUGCCCAGAAAAAGGAAAAAACAGGGAAAAAAUUCCUCCUAUUUCCAUUUGACCUGGAUCCCCCCAUUCACAACCAGGGCAGGAUCCUCCACUGCAGGGUGAUCCCAAGAAUCCUUUCAGGAUCAUUUCAUCCCAAUUUCCAUCCCAAAUUUUAUCUUUUCCUCAUCUUCCCUUUCCUGCUCUGCAAAGCCAGAGAGUUGAAUGAGCAAAGCUGUGGAAAAAUGUUGGAUUUAAAGCGUUAAAAAAAGGACAGGGAAGGGAAAAAAAAAAAGGGAAUUCCUGGGUUUUAAAUCAACCUCAGCAUUGCUGAUGCAGUUGUUUACGAGCAGCUGUUCCAGCCCAUUGCACGGACAAAAUCCAAGGGAAAUGAGAUGUUUGAUGUCUGCAAAGGCAUGCACAAGCCAUGGAAAAGCUCCCAUGGAAAGGGAAGUAGUGGGAUAAACACUCCCUGAUUGCGGGGA